AUGGGCAGCCAGCAAAGAACAGUGAAUCCCAUGGGCUCCUUUGCACAAAGUGUAGGCGGUUCACAGCCUGCUGCUCCCCUUGACCUCUCCAUUGAUACCCCCCUGGCUAUGAGGGCAGAUACCAAAUCUGGCCAUUCCGGCCGCCACUACAAGGCAAAGCCCGUGCUGACUCUUGACCUCGCGUCUCUCAGCGAAUUCCCUUCCCUCUCUAGCGGCCCGCAGAACACCACACCAACCCCUGGACAGGCCAUCUGGGGCAACACAGGCCAGCGUUCAAUCCAGCAGAGUCUCGGGCAGAGACAAGCACAAGGUUCCGUCCCUCCUCAAGCUCCCUCACGAGAAUCACAGCUUCAAGCCCAACAGGGGCAAUCUCAGGGUCAAGCCCAGGGCCAUGAUGACCAGUUCCCCUCAACAACGCAGUUCGUCACCCAGCUUGAUGAUUUCCGUAACGGUGUCCAGGCCAUGGGCCAGAUGUCCGGCAGCAACCAGCCACAAGCCGGCAGUGUCGAUGACUUCCCUCCUCUGAGCAAACAGUCUGAGCAAGGAGGGGCCAUUGGCAACCAUGCCGGGUCUAUGGGGUUCACUGGCUUCUCUGCCCAGACGCGUUCGUCUCUUGGAAACCAGCAGGAUUCCAGUAGAAUCGCAUCUCCUGCAGCUGCAGGCCCGUCUGCUUGGAUAUAUGUUUAUAUGUUUGUUUUUCUUUUUUGGCUUGAAGGCACGCCAGGACCGCGGCUAUCAGCUGGCCAGAACCAGAACGGGAUAAUUGGACAAGAUCACGAGGACAACGCUCAAGCCCAGGCUCAAGCUCAAGCUCAAGCAUCCAUGAUGAGCCAACGCGGCAUGGAUCCGAUGCAGCAGCCACAGCAGCAGCAGAACCCAGCCCAGAUGCAGUCUUCUCGCCAGCAACAGCAGCCACCGCAGCCUUCACAGGCGCAGGCUGAGAACGAGGCGCAUGAUCCCUCACGAGCCGGCCAGACAGCCGAGCAAGCCUCGCUCUCGCAGAUGAGCGAACACGAUCGGUUCGGCCUAGCCGGGCUUCUACGCAUGAUCCAUAGUGACAGCCCAGACGUUGCGAGCCUUGCUAUCGGCCAAGAUCUGAUGAGCCUUGGACUGGAUUUGAACCAGCAGGAACCACUGCAUCAAACAUUUGCAUCACCAUUUAUCUCAUCUAAUGUGUCCAUUCCACUACGGCCAGACUUUACUCUGCCUGCAUGCUACAAUGUAGCCAAUGUCCAGCCACUGCAAAACCGUAUACCCAGCUUCAGCGAUGAGACUCUGUUCUACAUCUUCUACAGCAUGCCUCGUGAUAUCAUGCAAGAGCUAGUUGCAGAGGAGCUCAUGGGCAGAAAGUGGCGUUACCACAAGAUCGAACGCGCUUGGCUGACGCGCGAUGACACUUAUCCGAACCCCGUUGAGGUUGAGAGAGGUAUCAGCGAGCGUGGCGUCUACCUGUGGUGGGAUACUAAUACCUGGAAGAAAGUCCGACGUGAAUUCAUUCUUCGCUACGCCGAUUUGGACAACCGUCUCGACCCAGGCAGAAACCUUGUCCGAGGAAUGCCCUUCCCCCAAGCCACCUAA